AUGUCACGGUCACGGAUCAGGAAAUCAAUUCAAGGGUCUCAAAGCCAGGACGUGAUCUAUGAAAACAUACCUUUAAAAGGCCAUGCGAGUGACGGCAUGGAUGUCUUUGAUGAAAGGCCGUAUUCUCUGGGAUUGACACAUGGUAUGCUCGGCAACGCACACAGUCAAGACUGCCUGUACACGCCAACGGACAUGCGAGGUCUAUACGACAGUGACCACGCUCUACCAAUGGUUGGCCGGUCGCACAAGCUGAAAUCAUCGGUAUCGCAGGGCAAUAACCGAAUGACCACGUCAUCGCAGGACAGGUUCGUGUUCACGGCUUUACCUCCAUCGAUGCCCAGUUCCUUUGUGGCCGUCGGCAGCGUAGGAAUGUCCCGUAGUGAUCAGGCAAAUGCGCGGAAGUCGUCCGGCAGCUACAAUCCUCGGAAUGGUAUCUUCAUCACAAGCUCAGAAGUAGAGAUGAUCCAAUUCACUGCUGAGCUUCUAGCCAGGGAACGACAGCAAGCGGUGCCAACACUUCUACGCAAGCUAGCGGUUGCAUCCCAUCGACCAUCAUCCGCCCACAACACGCAGCAGAUUGUGGAAAUACUCCUGGGGGCAGAUAAGGUCACGGGAGAAGACGAGCGCAUGCUAACAACGGCUAUGAUGAACUUAUACGACAGCACCAGUAAGUUUGAGAAGGAUUCAGCAGCUUUGAUGCUUUACACGGUGCUGAUGGAUGGUCCCAGAGCAGAUCUAGUGUUUCAUCUUUUCUACACGCUUCAUGUAGAAUACUAUCGAGUGGAGGGAUCACACCACAUCUACACCCAGGUGUACACUCAGCUGCUUGAGCUGCUACAGUGGAUGCUAUGCGUCUCUCAAGAGGCAGAGCGUGAUUUCUCGGGCUUGUGGUACAGGGCUCUGCUCUGCUGGAUGACAUUCGCUGAGGGCCAUUCCAGUCUACCGAUCAACUGUGAGCUGCUCACUGCCCUGCUAAGCCACGCAGCAUAUCAGCUGUCGGCCUCGGAUCGUAUGCGAGUGGCCAGUAUACUGAUAAGUCAGACUACUUCUUCGACGCCGGGACGCCCACUGAAUGAGAUGACUGGUGACAUGUUGGGACUCAUCAGUGACUUGUUCAUGAAUUCGACGUCGUGUACCGAGCGCUCUCUUCUCUUCAAGGCCUUGGCGCUCCACGCAUUCGAUCGAUUUGGAUCAGAUCAAUCAGAUGACCCCUUAGUGCACAGGAGCGUCGUGAUCAAGUUCCUGCUGCAAUCGGGGGCUGAUGCAGCAUUUCAGCAGAUUGGUCCGUGCUUUUCUCCUCGGUUUGCAGAAGAACUCGGGAAUGAACUUCUGAACCUAGGUGCAGGUGCACACGAAUUGAGUCUGCAGCCAAAAGCAGCAGCACUAGUACCCGUGAUUGUGGAGGAAAUUUAUACUUUGGUUCGACAUAGCUUCGAGCUUCACCGAGCAUUCAGCCCAAUCGUCACCUCUCUGACCGACAACCCAUACUCGAACAAUGAGGACGCAAUCGAGGAAGUGAUUCUUUUAUAUGCUAGCAAUGUAAAGAGUGACCAUCGCAAUGCCCAGGCUCUGGUGCGUGAAGUGGUGUUGAAAUCCAAUCUCGCCUUCGUCAACAAUGAAGAUCAUGUUAUAAACUCGCUGAUGGAUCGCAUCGCGAGACUUUUCAGCAGUAAAGCAAAUUUGGCGUGUACAAAAGCGAUUCGCAACACCGCCCGUGGCUACGCUAUGGCUUUGAAGAAUGUAUCGCUCAUAUACGUACACAAGGAUCGGCAUAAUAUCCGUAGCGAUGUCACUCGAGAAGCAGUGCUGAAGUGGGUGGCCAAGCGAACAAAACCGCUGCGUGCACAUGUCCAGAAUGAUAUCCUAACUCAAACAUUCUGUGUGGAAGCGUUCGUUAGUAUAGCCUAUGUUCCAGCCGCCGUGACCAAUAGUCGACACUUCGAACGCUGGCACGGAAUAUUUGAGGGGGAGGGUACCAUCUCGGCCGUCCAUGCCAAGUUGUGCGAUACAGCAUUUGUUAAUGUGGUUUUAGGCAUCGGAAGCCACCGCAAGCAAGCGCAUGAUAUCAAGGUGUGCGACAGACGCACAUGGGCACAUAGAGCGGCAUUGCUGAUUCUUUCAAUCGCUUGCUCACCCGGAAAAGCCAUGUUCGAGAAAAUGGGGGGAUUCAAGGUCUUCAAACCACUCACAACAUCUAAUGAUCCAGUCAUUGCCUGGAUGGCCAGUUCUUGGACUCUUACCCGCUUCAAAGCCGACCAUCCAAAACUAUACGAAGAUUUGAAGCUGAAGAUAUGGGGUAGACAUAACUUGCCUCCCAAAAAUCCUUAUCAACGGAUGAGAGAUCUACUCAACUUCAAACAGCAAUACACACCUGGCAAUACGCCUAAUGCCACGCCGACAAAUACUCCCAUGAUGACACCUCGAGGUAGGGGUGCGACGGGGAGUGGUGGUGAGCGCACGAAGCUUGUACGUACUCAUUCACAGCCGGCAACCCCCACGGCGCUUCUAUCACAUCAAUACAAUGCCCGUGUGGGCGUCAGCAAUCUGAACAUAAAUGCAAAUAUACAGGCGCACACACAAAUCCAGCCAUACACUAAUGGCAGUGCUCACACACGAGAACAGCUUCUUCCUAGGAAGGGGCUUUCGAGACUACCCAGUCAUUUGUCGCAGCCGUCUACCCCGGUAUUACCAUCUAUUGAAAAGGUUCAGUCUCCAAAACUACAAAUGAGCCUCGGAUCGCCCCUAUUACAAGAAUUGGUUAUAGAUGGGAGUGAAUAA